AUGCCUUACCACGCCUCCGUCAUGUACCCCAACGAUGAUGACAUCACCUUUGAUGAGUCCUACUACCUCCAGACUCACAUGCCUCUAGUGGAGUCAAUCUGGAAGAAGUACGGCCUCGUCAGCUGGAAGAUUAUCAAGUACACCACUGCCCUCGAUGGCUCUCCCUCCAAGUUCCUGAUUGCCGCCAAUUUGGAAUGGAAGAGCGAGGAGGAUAUCAAGUCUGCUCUGCAAGACCCCGAGACCCCCAAGAUCUUCGCCGACAUCCCCAACUUCACCAACAAGCAGCCCAUCACUCUGGGCGGUCCCGCUCUGUCCUAA